AUGGUACGCAUCCAUAUCCACCAUGAAUCUGCCACCACCCGAGAAUACAUCAAGAUCUUGGCAAACCCUGAUCUGCCGAUCCACCAGGAUCUUGCAACAGCACUACACCCCCGACUGAAAUCCAGAAAACCAUUCUGGAUCCAAGCCGUGACCUUAAUAGCCGAAGAAAAAAAACUGUUGUUUACUGUACAGGUUGUGAACCUCUCCCCAGAAGAUAUCUGGUCACAGGCCAGAACCAGACAUGGUACCCUGUCUUGUGUCAAGAGUGUGAAGUCCAGUGAGAUGUGUGAGACGGAUGCAUCGGACAGGGGGUUGGGUGCUGUUCUGUCCCAAGUGGUGGAGGGGGAGGAGCACCAUAGAGAAGGAGAGUCUGGCCAUCAAGUGGGCAGUCCUCACUCUCCGCUACUAUUUGUUGGGACGAGCAUUCACCCUCUGUUCGGACCACACCCGCUCCAAUGGCUCCACCGCAUGAAGGAUGUCAAUGCCCAGAUCACCCGUUGGUAUCUGGCACUCCAGCCAUUUAAUUUCGAAGUGGUCCACAGACUGGGGGCACAGAUGGCUGUCACGGAAGUCCUCUCCAGAAAAGGGGUGGAGAGGGCAGUCUGGAAGGUUCUCCUGGCUUGAUUCGGGCGGUAGGGGUAUGUGGAGGUGAGGGCGUGGUCAAGCGCCCGUCUGGGGAGAGGGAGAGUGUUAAGACAUCCACCUCAGAUGAAUUGUGACUAAUGAGAGUUGGGGGAGAUAAAAGACAGCCCAGUCCACCAAAAGGAGACAGCCCGGCUGAGAAGCUGUUUGUGUGUAUGAAUUGAAGCUUCACCAUUGCGCUUUAAGCGAACGUGUUUAUUUUCUGUUAAUAAAAAGUGACAUUCCUGAGUUGGAAUCCCUGUGUCCCAUUUCCUCCUUUUGACCCAAAUACAAACUUCUGCUACAAUAAUGUAAUUACAUUACCAGUUGUCUUUAGCAUAGAUGUCUCGUGUUGGAGACGAGAGAGCAUGCAUUGUGUAGGAGAGCUCCCGGUUUUGUUAA